AUGGGCGUCCCUAUAGGAGAUGACUGUUUGGUUACAUUGAAUUUUGCCGAUGAUCAGGUGGUCAUAGCUCAAGAUGCUUCCGACCUUGAAUUCAUGAUGAGCAGAUUAAAUUCGGCAUACACGGAAUGGGGCCUUACUGUGAACAUUGAUAAAACGGAAUAUCUAGUGACCAAUUCAGAUGAUAAAUUUGACAUUAUUAUUACUGACAAUGUAAAGCUCAGACAGGUUGAAUGGUUUAAAUAUUUGGGGGCACGUAUAACCAAAAAGGGACUGGACAAAACAGAAGUAUCGGCUAGAAUAGAACAAGGGCGGAAGAUUAUAGGAGCACUGAAUGGCAUCUGGUGGGACAAAAACAUAAGACCAAACACAAAAGUACAUAUUGGAAGAGCCCUAGUGGAGUCGGUAGUAACUUAUGGGUGUGAAGUUUGGACCUUAAACGCUGAACAAAAGCGAGCUUUGAAUGCACUCGAAAUGGACUAUUUGAGACGCAGUGCGGGAGUACCUAAACUGGACAGAGUUAGGAACGUGGAAAUCAGAGCCAAAAUGGAUGCCACAGAGACAAUAGUGGAUAGAGUCGAACAGAGGGGCCUUAAGUGGUUUGGACACUUGCUACGCAUGGAACACCAAAGAUGGCCCUACCGUAUCUACAGCUGGUCACCUCCUGGAAAAAGGAAAAGAGGACGGCCUAGAAGAUCUUGGAAUGAGGCCAUCAGAAGGGCAAUGGAGGACCGUAACUUGGAAGAGGAAGAUGUUCUUGAUCCCUUUUUAGAGCUGGGGCCCUUAAUUCUCCUGGAGCCAGGGCCCAUCAGAUCCCUACGUAAAGACGGCACUGCUGAUGAGUAA